AUGACUUCCUCACUGCUCCUGGCCUUCCUGUUCCUGGCUCUGGCCACAGUGGCCACUUGCAGAGCUGGCAGUCAGUGUCCAGCAUGUGGAGGGCCCACCUUGGACCUGGAGAGCCAACGGGAGCUGCUUCUUGACCUGGCUAAGAGAAGCAUCUUGGACAAGCUGCACCUCAGCCAGCGCCCAACACUGAGCCGGCCCGUGUCCAGAGCUGCUCUGAGGACAGUGCUGCAGCGCCUCCACGGGCCCCCACAGGGGGCACCUCCGGAGGCUAACAGGGCACAGGAUUAUGAGAUCAUCAGCUUUGCUGACACAGGCCUCUCCACCAUCAACCAGACUCGUCUUGAUUUCUACCUCUCUAAUAGAACUGCUGGUGUCAUGGAGGUCCAGCAAGCCAGUCUCAUGUUCUUUGUACAGCUCCUUCCCAAUGCCUCUGGAACUUUGAAGAUGAAGGUCCUUGUGUCAGGCUCACAUAACACCAACCUCACCUUGGCCACCCGGCGCCUGCUGGAGGUAGAUGCCAGUGGCUGGUACCAGCUCCUCCUCGGGCCUGAUGCUCAGGCUGCCUAUAGCCAGGGGCACCUGACCCUGGAGCUGGUGCCUGAAGGCCAGGCAGCUCAGGGCUCAGUCAUCCUGCUGGGGGCUGCCCAUAGGCCUUUUGUGGCAGCCCGAGUGAGAGUUGAGGGCAAGCUCCGAGUUCGCCGGCGAGGCAUUGACUGCCAGGGUGGGUCCAGCAUGUGCUGUCGACAAGAGUUCUUUGUUGACUUCCGUGAGAUUGGCUGGCACGACUGGAUCAUCCAGCCUGAGGGCUACGCAAUGAACUUCUGCACAGGGCAGUGCCCACUGCAUGUGGCAGGCAUGCCUGGCAUUGCUGCCUCCUUUCACACCGCAGUGCUCAACCUGCUCAAGGCCAAUACAGUUGCAGGCACUGCUGGAGGGGGAUCAUGCUGUGUGCCCACUACCCGGCGCCCCCUAUCUCUGCUCUACUAUGACAGGGACAGCAACAUUGUCAAGACUGACAUACCUGACAUGGUGGUAGAGGCCUGUGGGUGCAGUUAG